AUGUCUACUCUUAGACACGAAUUCUAUGAAACAGACGAACGACUCACUCUGUCAAUCUUUGAUCGCAAUGCAAACCCGUCUGAGGUGGACGUCCAGUUUGAGCCUCGAAAGUUUACCUACACACACGGCGACAAAAGUCUUGUUCUUGCGCCACUCAAAGGUCAAAUCAAUCCUGAAUCUUGCGAGUACACCGUCGGCAAGGUGAAGGUGGAGGUCAGGCUGACGAAGAUGGCACCUGGCCGCUGGGGUGCGCUGGUGGGAGACAGUCCUGAUCCUCUUGCAUCUUUCCCCUCGGUGCCUGCUAUGACCACGACCUCUGUCAAGCCUAAGAAGAACUGGGAUGGCAUCACUACCAACAUACUCUCCACGGAGAAGGAGAAAACGACAGACGAAGACCCUAAUGUUGGUGGCGAUAGUACUCUCAAUGGCUUCUUCCAGAAGAUCUUCCAGGAUGCGGAUGACGACACUAAGCGGGCAAUGAUGAAGAGCUAUUCCGAGAGCGGCGGCACCACACUCAGCACCAACUGGGAAGAGGUCAAGGCUAAGCGGGUGGAGGUAAAGCCUCCGGCAGGGUCUGAAUGGAAAAAAUGGAAUUGA